GCUUUCUGGCUGAAGACUUUGGGCGUGGCUGUGCGCUCUCUGGAGGGCCGCGCAGCAGCAGCAGCAACUUGGCUGCGGCAGCGCCACCAGCAGCAGCAGCACAGGCAGUACAAAACGGACUGGCGACUACAGCAGGAAGCCAAGGAAGCAGCAAGCAUGCAGCAGCAAACAGACACGGGAGAACUAACAAACACUGACUCAUUGAGAGAAGCAGUUCCUCCACCGUUUCCCUUGCCUGGAAGUCUAACUAAUAUAAACCACAGGUUUUAUAAUGUUUUUAAACUUAUGAAUGCAGCAGGAUGGGAUGCAUGUUUGGAAUUGCCCACUCCCCACUCUCGGCUAGAGAGCUGGCGCUUAGGCUCUGAGCUCCGCCAUCUGUACUUCACUCGCUUUGACUCUCGGGUGUCUGUACACCGCGAGUUGCUGCCGCAGCACCUGGAGGAGUACGUGCUGCCGCAUGCAGACGCAGUGCUGGUGCUGCGGGAUGGGAUCGUCGAUCCCAGCCUCAGCAGGGGCGUGGGGGUCUUAGCUAGCCAGCUAGCUGACCAAGAAGAGGUGGGGGGAGUGGCAGCUAGCCAGCUGGAAGGCAUGGAGCGGAAAAACCCUCACGAGAAGCAGCAGCAGCACAGCGCGCACAAAGAGAGCUCCUGCGGCUGCCCAGAGACGGCAACAGCGGCAGAAGCAGCAGAAGCCGCAGCAGCAGCAGCUGCUGCUGCUGCGGGAGAGCCAGAGGACGGGGAGAACGGGGAAGGGGAGCCGCUGCCUGCAGUUUGCUGCAGCUUCUUCGAUCUGCAAGACGCACCAGUGAGGGCAGAGAUCGAACAGCAGCUGAGGUUUAUUCCUGAAUAUACGAAUUACUGGCGGAAGAACACUCAGCCUUUCCACAGAGGCCAGGUGGGGAAGACGAGCCGCAAGUAUGACAAUGACUUUGCCAUUUAUGACUAUCGCAAGUUGGACUUUGGAAUGGCAAAGAUGUCUGCACUGAAUCUUGCGGGGAUGCAUGACGCAGCAGCGCUGAUUGUUACUGACUGGGAGGAAGAGCCUGCCAAUGCAGCUGCUGCUGCUGGCGAUGACAGCAGUGCUGAUGAGCAGGAAGAGGCUUCCCAGAGGGCAGCAACAGCAGCAGCACUAGGAGGAGCAGCAGGGGCUGGUGAAGGUGAAGGAGAUGCAGCGACAGUUAAAGAGACAGGGAACACAGAUGGGCGCUCCAAGAGGAAGCCCGUUGUUUUACAAGUCAUUCAUGUAACAACCUCAGAUGAGAUAGAUCGCAUUGGUGAAGGCGGAAGCAGCAGCAGCAGCAGCAGCAGCGAUAAUGCAAGAAUUGCGACUCCGCUGAUAAACCCUCGUUUUGUAAUUCACGUAGGCCGCAACGCAAAGUGCCAAAUACACCAAACCCAAGUCAGCCUCUCUUCUUUGUUGUCUCCGACGGAGCAGCAGGAACUGAAGCAGCUCAAGCAGCACAAACGGGAGCAGCAGCAGCAGCAGAAGCUGACACAAAAGGGGUUCAGGGGGCCUUGUGUCAACUCAGCCACAAGAGUGGUCCUGGAAGAAGGUGCAGAGUUGCAUCAUGUCUAUUCCCAGGAACUUGAUGAAGACAGCGCACACUUUGAGAACCUCUCUGUCUGCUGCCAGCCUCGAUCGAAGUACAAACUCACUUUUGUCGACCUGGGAGCAGCCCUCAGCCGCUUCGCUUUGCAGGUGGAGGGUUCUGAGGGUUCGUCACACGUAUCUCGGGGCAUUUCGUUGCUAAACAAAGACCAAGACCAUUCCAAAUUUGAAAUGCUGCACCACAUUGCCCCGGACGCAGAGACAGAUCAGGUCCACAAGAGCCUUGUGGCAGGAAAAGCUCGGGCUAUAUGGCGGGGGCGCAUAAGGAUAGAACGGCAGGGAACAGGAGCGAGUGCCUCGUCCUUAAAUCGUGUUAUUUUGCUCGAGGACGGCGCGAGAUGUGUCGCAGUGCCCACUCUCGAAAUUGUUCCUGAGGAUAUCAAAAAGGCCACGCAUGGAGCUGCCAUACGGGACUUUGACACGGAGCCGCUCUUCUAUAUGAUGAGCCGCGGACUUCCUAUAGAUAAAGCCAAGAGGCUUUUGAUGCUGGCGUUCGUAGAUGAUGUCGUAAGUCCUGUUAAUGACGAGAAACUGGCCGCAAGAGUUCGGCGAAAAGUUGAGGGGCUCUUGCCGAAGUCGAGCUCUGGCCAGAUACAUAGACACCACAUGUUUCGGGGUGGCGAUGGCGGGGGUUGA